UUUCAGCACUAUAUUAUGCUCUAAAAGGAUCUCGUGACAGUGUAUACCUCUUUAUUCAUUGAGUCACAAAAACAAGCACAUAAAAAUGCAUUUACAAUUUUAUCGAAGAAUGACGUGAGCUAAUAUCACAGUGUAUAUCACAAACACAAAUGAAACAAGAACCUCCGAGCGAAUCGAACGGAGAAAAUAGAAGAACCACGAAAAAUUAGAAACUCGACCAAAACUGGAAAACAGGGGUUUGAACUCAAACCGGGACCUCGAUUAGAAACUGAAUAGGCAACAGCACCGCCGCAAAAUAGUGGAGAUAUGGUGUUUGUGAAAAUGGGUAAAUGGAGAUUCUUUAUUAAGUCUGUUUACAGUGAAGAAAAUGUUCUUUCUUUGGAAGGAAGUGCUAGUGGUGUAUUUCAACGGAAAAGAUGGUGAUUGAGGUAGAAAGUUAUGAAUGCGAGCUUCAGUGUACUCCUAUUGUGCAGUGUGUGUGUAUGUAUGUGUGAGUGAAGAAUUGAGUGAAUUUCUUGCAAGAGUGUGUGUGAAUUGGUAUUUUUGCUACAUCGCUUAUGAGUACUGUAACAUUAGAUUAAUUUUGCAAUUACAAGCUAGCUCUUGCACAAGCUAGCUCCAAGGAGUGACAGAUAAGUAUAAUAGAAAAUCAAGAAUCUUUCUUGAGUUACUUUGUUCCAGUUCAGUGCUUAACAGAUUAAACAUUUAUAUGCAAUAUAGAAAUCAAUAAUCAAAUCAAGAUUUAUGGCCUAGAAAAAUGAGCUCUCACAUGGUUGUACAAGGUUUUUUAAUGAGCUUAAUUAAAGAGCCUUAAUCUGCGCUCUUGUGCUUCUGAAAAGGCAAUGUGUAUUUGACUACUUGUGAUGCUUUUGUAUCUUCUGUGGCAGAUAAAAACAAACUUUCUCAAACUCAUACCUACUCCCUUUGCCGGCCUGGCCCCCAAAAACCAAUUGAAAAUUCUCACGGAAAAGACUGAUUUGAAGCACUCAUUCAUUUCCGGAGUUCCUUUUGCUGGAUUCGUACUACUUUCUUGGUUCUUCAACUCGAGAAACCUCAAACAGAUCAAGAGAGAGAGAUGGCUUAUGCUGUUAUAACUUCCAUCUUGACAACUAUAGAGCAAGUAUUGCAAUUCAAUCCAAGUUUGAUAUCUGAAAGUAGGGGAUCCAUUGAUUCACUUUAUGGAACACUUUCUUUCCUACAAGAUUUCCUUGAGAAUACGGGAAAUUGGAUCAAUGAUCAAGAAGCAUUGAAAAUCUUGGAAAAGAACAUCAGAGAUGCAGGGUAUAAAGCAGAAGAUACAAUUGAUGGCUGCCUAAGAAGAAUCCAUGUGGCUGAUACUGAUCACGACCAGAACAACGCCCGUCAUAAGCUUUAUGACGAGUUGCAGGAAAUAAUAGAAGCAAUGGAUUCCAUACAAAGAGAUGUGAUGAAGUUCAAGAAUGUCCACAAACGUAUCAAAGAUGUGCCAGCAACAACUUAUUUACCUCCCCGCUCAUCUGGGCGUGUCUUGGAUGAGGAAAAUACUCUUGUUGGGAUGGAGGAUGUCUUCAACAACAUAAGAGAUCAGCUCUUUGGACAAACACCAGCGCUGAAUGUUGUUUCAAUUGUUGGUAUGGGCGGUAUCGGUAAGUCGACUCUUGCUAGAAGUUUAUUUAAUCAUCCAUCAGUAUACCAUCGCUUUGAUAUUUCUUCAUGGGUUACUGUUUCUCAAGCAUGUGAUGCAAAAGAAAUGCUUUUGGAUGUCCUAAGCUUCGGUACUCCAGGUGGGAAGGCAAUGUACCGCGAUAUGAGUGAAGAUGAAUUAUUGGACCAAGUGCAUAGAGAAUUGAAAAGGAAGAGGUAUUUGAUAGUUUUGGACGAUAUGUGGACUAUAGAGGCUUGGGACCAAGUAAGAAGAUCAUUUCCCGAUGAUGAAAAUGGAAGUCGCAUAAUGAUAACUACUAGGCUCCUCGAAGUAGCUAAUUGUGCUGGCAAUGAUUUCCCUCCUCAUCACAUGCCUUUUCUUAGUCUUGAAGAUAGUUGGAAAUUACUAUCUCUUAAGGUUUUUGGAAAUGAAGAUUGUCCCCCUCAGCUUGAGGAAGUAGGAAAGCAGAUAGCGAAACAAUGUCAAGGGCUAGCUCUCUCAGUUGUUGUCAUCGCUGGGCUUCUGUCGAAGAUCAAUAGGACAUAUGAUGAUUGGCAACAAAUUGCUGAUAAUGUGAAUUCCCACAUAGGUUCAACCUCCCAGCAGUGUUUAGCAAUAUUAGCUCUGAGUUACAACUACUUGCCUUGUAGCUUGAAAGCUUGCUUUCUUUAUAUGGGGUUUUUCCUUGAAGAUGCAGAAAUUCCUACAGAUACGUUGAUUAGAAUUUGGGUAGCUGAGGGUUUUCUGAAGACAAUUUGCCAUAAAAAGCCGGAAGAGGUAGCAGAAGAGUGUCUAGAGGAUCUAGUUAGCAGAAGUUUGAUUAUGGUCAACAGUCGAGGAUGGGUAAGCGGAAAAAUAAGAAGUUGCAGGAUUCACGACCUCAUUCGACAAUUAUGCUUGAGAAAAGGAAAAACCGAGAAGUUUUUUCAUGUCAUAAAUGAAUGUUACGAAGUGUCCUCAGAAGGCGUGGAGAGUGAACAUCGACUAUUAUUGUAUGAAGAUGCUGUACGAAACCAGAAUCUCGGCCUACAGGAAGGUAAUCUGGAUUCAGUUCGUACCAUCUUGUGCAUCUGUGAACCGUGUACUUCUAUGCUCGAAUUUGAAUACUACAAAAUAGUGGAUACUCGUUUUCAGCUGCUAAGGGUAUUGGAUGUACUAAUGAUUCUCUUUCGACGUUUUCCCACUGAGAUAACACAAUUAGUACAUUUAAGAUAUCUUGCUUUUCUCACCGGUGGCGAUGUCCCAACAUCAAUUUCUAAUCUGUGGAAUCUACAGACAUUGAUUGUUGAGCCAACUGAAAAUCAAUUAUCCUGGCCAGUAGAAAUUUGGAAGAUGUCAAGUUUGAAAUAUUUCCAGUCUGGGGGAAUGAGUAUGCCCGUGCCUGCUCCUCCAAAGGCACAACAUAUUUUGGGUUUAGAAAAGUUCAAGAAACUUUCACUAAACGAAGCUUCUUCCAACUGGAAGGAAAUUUGUAUGGCUGUCCCGAACGUAAGGGAAUUGGAUGUUAUUAUCAAUUUAGAUAUACAUCCUAAUGGAUGGAAUGAUUUUAUUGGUAGUCUCAUAUGUCUAGUUGAUCUCCAGAAGCUAAGCAUUCAACUAGAGGUUUCGUCGCAUCCACUAUUUUUUAUAAGGCGACCUGCUCAGCUGUGGUACGUGUUCCCAGAAAACCUCAAGAGUUUGACACUUGUAGCGACACAUCUAGAGUGGACAGAUAUGCCAAUGCUUAGCAGCUUACCCAACCUUGAGGUACUAAAACUAGAAUUUUAUGGUUUUGAAGGGAGCAAUUGGAAUCUAGAUGAAGGGGGUUUCAAGAAACUCAAGUUGCUACACAUUCACCAGACGAGAUUGGUGCACUGGCAGGCAACCAGUGAUAGUCUUCCAGUUCUAGAGUAUCUAGUCCUAAUGUUUUGCUCUCAAUUGGAGGAGAUUCCUAGAGUGAUUGGAGAUAUUCCCACAUUAAAAUUGAUUGACUUGCAUUACUGCAGCCAAGCUGCUGUUACUUCUGCAGAGGAAAUUCAAGAAGAGCAGAAAAGCAUUGGAAAUGAAGUUCUUGUGGUUACUGUAUCCCCUCACCCUCCUUUGCUGGAAACUUAGUGUCUCUAUGAGAUAAUCUGGCCUCAGUCUAAUGUUGAAUCUGCACACCGAUAUAGCUGUGACAGUCUUGCCAUAUGAUGUAGCUGUAUCCACAAAUAGAAUGGAUGUGGAUUUCAUGACGUUUUAAAGUUCGAACCUUAGCUUAUUCCUCAGCAUCUACUAUGCUUAGAUUUUCUUAGUCUUUUUAUUUAUCAAUGUACAGUUUGAAUUUGGUUGACUCAUUUUGAUUUCGAAACGAAUUAUAUGUUGUGUGCUUGAUGUACA